AUGGUAAUCAUCAUCAUUAUUUCAGAUGUGAGUGGAAAGUGUGUGUCAUCUGACAUGAUCAGACACAGAGAACCCAUUAAACAUUCAGGCACUCUGCAUCAGAUGACCUUCAUCUCUGGAGAGCACAAAGCUUCAGAAAGUCACAAUGAGGACACCUCAGCCCCCAGUGACAAAAAUAUGGUUAUUGAGGAUCAGCCAAUAGUUGGAUCUACCAUCGAAAGCUCCUCAAGCAGCUUACAUCAAGUCAGUCCUUCUGAGCAAAUAUUUUUAGGAUCUGAUGAAGACCAGAUUAAUUGCAUCUCUGAAACUGAGGACAAAUUAAAUGAUGACAUCCUUAUCGACCAAGGACCUCCAGGAUUACCUGGAUUACCAGGGGAUCCUGGACUAAAAGGUGAAAAGGGGUAUGAAGGCGUCAUGGGCAGAACAGGCCAGACAGGAUACAGAGGUCCUAUUGGUCCUCCUGGAAUGCCUGCUAUAGUUGUGGUUAAAACCUCUGAAGAAGAAUGGGAAACUUUUAAGAAAACAGAAUUCUACAAUAAAUUUGUUUCAUCAUGGCCGAAAGUCAAAGGUUCUCAGGGAACACUUGGACCUCCUGGGGAUGAAGGACCAGUUGGACCUCCUGGAAUCACUGGCAAACAGGGCAAAAAAGGCAGUCAAGGAGUUAUUGGUAAAAUAGGGCCACCUGGUUUUCCCGGUCCACAAGGGCGUCCAGGAGCAGAAGGGACUCUUGGAAAGAUUGGUGACCCAGGUCCUGCAGGCUUAGUGGGGGAGAAGGGAGCCAAAGGUUUCAGUGGAGAGUCAGGCUCUAAAGGGGAUCUGGGUGAAUGGGGCUAUCAAGGAGAAGUGGGACUUCAAGGAAAUAGAGGAGUAAAAGGCCAAAAGGGCGGUAUUGGAUCUCCAGGUGAUGCUGGACCUGCUGGUUCACCUGGAAAAAUAGGCCUCAAAGGAAAACAGGGUGUUACUGGUGUGAAGGGGACAAGAGGUCAGCAGGGUGCAUUUGGUAUUGGAGGAACUCUUGGACCAAAGGGGGAGAUGGGUCCUGAUGGGGUCAUUGGCAUUCCUGGAAUACGUGGUCCACAGGGGCCACCAGGGCUUACUGGACCAGCUGGGACUAAAGGAGACCCAGGCAUCUUUGGAGACGAAGGGGACAUUGGUGAACCAGGACCUCCAGGCCUGAUUGGACUGGAAGGAAAUCCUGGGAAACAUGGAUCCUUAGGUGAUCCCGGGACUGAUGCCACAAAAGGGGAAAAGGGCGGUCUGGGUCUAAAGGGUGACAUGGGGCCUCUGGGGCCUCCAGGCAAAGUUGGACAGAAAGGAGCUCGAGGACCAUCAGGACUUGAGGGUCUUCAGGGGCCAGUUGGACCAACAGGACUUCCUGGACCCAGUGGGCUGGAUGGAGGAACUGGAGAGCAAGGAAAACAAGGACCAGAUGGACCAAAGGGAGAUAGAGGGCUGACAGGUUUUCAAGGACUGAAUGGGCCUCGAGGUGAUAAGGGAAGAGAGGGGCGAUCAGGGUUUACUGGGGUGCCUGGUCCAGUUGGAGAGAUGGGAAAAUCUGGAGACCGAGGUCCUGAAGGAGAGCCUGGUAUUAAGGGUAAAGAUGGCCACCAAGGAAACAAAGGACUGGAAGGAACGAUUGGAUCCCAAGGCCUCCUUGGUACUGAUGGUUUAAAUGGGGACCAUGGACCACCAGGUGUAAAAGGACUCGUGGGAAAAACUGGAUUUCCUGGUCUUCAGGGGUCGGUAGGAAACAGUGGUGAAUCUGGCAGUGUAGGGAAUAAGGGGGCUCUUGGACAACCAGGCGUCAGAGGAAUUAAAGGCAAACUAGGCUCCAAAGGCCUCACAGGAAGUGAUGGACUGAAGGGUACAAGAGGUGAAAAGGGUUCCUCAGGAAAAGAAGGUUCACCUGGGAAGAUGGGCGUGCCUGGCCCUCAGGGAUUACAAGGACCAAAUGGAGUGCCGGGGAAUACUGGAGCAAUGGGUGAGGUUGGGCCCCGAGGUGCCUCAGGGGAACAGGGCCUGAAAGGCCGAGCAGGGCCCAUUGGGAUUAAAGGAGACCCAGGGUUCAUUGGAGCUGUUGGACAUAAAGGAGUUUCUGGCGUCGAUGGUGAGGAGGUAGAUUAA